AAACAUAAUAUUUAAAUCUAAUUAGUGCAGUCAGGCCCUUGCCACAGGAUGGCUUUAUGCUUUCUAAUUUUACUUAGUUUAGUCAAUUUUAGUGAAAUGAGUGGUGAAGGAGCAUAUUUGUUGAAAACAGACAAAGGAUACUUUGUGGCAAAAAUUAAACACCAAGAUAAGAAUCAAAAACUUUUGGAGAAAAAAUCGAAUGGUGUAACAACUGAAACUCCAGAAGUCCCAAGCACGAGUGCUACUACAGCACCUACAACUCCUAAAAAUGAACAAUAUGAAGAGGUUAAAGAGAAGGGAAAUGAUUACAGCGAAGAUAUGGAAGAAGAAAGUGAUGGAGGGGAAGAUGAAAAUGAACUAAGUUCAUUAGAAAACAUUUUGCCUGAACUAGAGGAUGUCCCUGAUCAGAUCAAGCCAGUGGUCGAGGACGUUAAUUCAGAAAUCCAGGAAGAAGAAGAAGUGUACAAACGCUUCAAAGUAGAUUUUAAGCUGGUUCACGACAGUGAAGACGCAGAUAAGAAACAGAAGAAAAAUAAAGUCAUGGACAAAGUUGCUGAAAAAUUGAAAGGUAAAGGAACAGAUUACUCUUUGGAUAUGUUAGACCUUUUCCUAGCUUCAGAGCAAAGUUCUAGCAAAUGUGAUAUAAGUGCAAGAUAUCGAAGUUUCACAGGGUCCUGUAAUAACCUAUUGAUUCCCACACUAGGAGAAAAAGAUUUUAUGUUUCGAAGAGUUCUCCCCCAUACAUACAUCUUAGAUGAGCCUGGCACUUAUGCAACUCCACGUGGAGGAUAUAAUUCUUCUCUUCCUAACCCAAGAAAACUCAGUUUAGUUUUUCAUCAUGAGCUGCCUUUGCAUGCUAGACCAAAGGAUAAAGAUCCUGAAAAGAAAGCUGCGUUCACUUCUGCAUUUAUAUACUUUGGCCAGGCAAUAUCACAUGAUAUUCAUUUUACUCAGUUUAGAACUGAUAUUGAUUGUUGUAACCCCGAGCUGCUUGCCGCUGAAAAAACUGUUCCUCAAGAAGAUCGUCUUUGUUUCCCUGUAAACUUGGAGGAAUCAGAUGUUUUAAAGCGACCUUGUAUUCCUCUCAUUAGAGCUACUCCCAGUUGGAAGGAUAUGUCUGGGGGACGGGAGAGAAAUCCAACAAAUCUUGUCAGCUCAUUUAUAGACGCUUCCUUUGUUUAUGGUAUUAAUGAGGAGAAGAAUUUAGCCACCCUUCGAGAAAAAGUUGAUGGUAAAAUGAAGGAGAAUUCUCAGCAUCCAGGGUUUCCAGUUCCAUUCCGUUCAGAUGAACCCUCAACCUUUCUAAUAGGAGAUCCAAGAGGAAAUAUCGCUCCAAUGACGAUGAUGUUACAAGCUCUUUGUAUAAAGGAACACAAUCGUCUUGCAGGAGAAUUAAAACCAAGAUUAACAAAUUUGCUACAAGACAAAGAUCCAGCAGAACAGGAUAAUAUCAUUUUCCAGGAGGCACGAAGACUGCUGAUAGCACAGAUUCAGAAUAUAUUUUACAACGACUUUUUAAGAAUAUUAUUCGGUCCCGAGAAAUGGGCAAAAAAUGGAAUCUCUACAGAGGUGGAUAGUAUAUAUAAUCAUUCAAGAUGGAUAGUGUAUAUACUCAUUCUAGGUGGAUAG